AUGGUAGCAAACGAGGAGGCCCAUCGGCCAUCGACUGAUCACUCGGUCACUUUCAAUGAAGAGAACUUGAAGUCGACAGAGCACAACCAACCAGGAUGCGAGGAAGAAGCAUCGAUUGAGGAGCAGACAGAAACAGAUGCAGAAGAGAACGCCAAUCACCUCAGUGCUGGAGAAGAUGAAUCUGACAACGAUGAGGAAAGUGAGGGAAGCAACGACGGGCAACAACUUCAGCAAAAUGCAGAGAUGUCAAAUGAUGUUGGCAGUAAUCUACGCACGAAUGAAGAACUGUGCGGCCCGCGCAUGAGCACGAGUACCAAUGGCGAGAGAGUUAUCAAGAGGAAAAGGCCGAAGAGAACUUUCUUGAGCACCACGAGACAAAUGAACUACAAACGAAAAUCCACCAAGCAAUCGCUGAGGAAGUCACCUGUUGGAGGGAGUGCGGAAGGCAACUCGUUAGAAGAAUUUGCUGACACUGUAAUGAGAAACGGCUCGGCGAUGGCUCAUGAGAAGCACACCAUCUCUGGAGUUCAUGAAGUCAAUGUUGAGAAUGGUCUGCCGUGCUAUUCCUGUGGUGAAGGACCAAACUGUCCGAACUCUUUCUUUUCCGAAUUUUCGAGUCGGUUCAAGCCAACCAGCACCAUGGAUGGGAUCGGGGUCUGUUUGCAGGCUACCUCUGACAUCCCAGCAAACACAUGGAUAUGUGGGCCUUGUAAAGGCGAGGCGUACAACUGCUCAGUCUCGUCCAAGACAAGGUCAGAAUCGCUUGAGGAUUCGAUCUUCAUUCGGCGAUUUGCAACAAACACGCUCUUUCAGUGCGUGUUCAGCCGCAAAAUAUCAGACCAGACGCUUCAUGCCGGUUACUAUGUCAACCACACAUGCCAACCGGAUCGUGUAAACUGCAAACUUUUUGUAUGGAGGAUCAAUGGACACUGGAGAUUCGGCUGGAAGACCACAAGAGCAGUGCGUCAGCUCGAGGUGAUGUGGGGUGACUACGAAGAAAACAUUUCCUUUGAAUUGUGCUAUUGCAACUACUGUGGAGGGUCUCCCAUCGUCCCUCGAUUUACAAGUUUUUUCGGCUUUCCUGUGAGCAAGAAAGCAAAGUCCGUCCAAAAAACAGGUCCUCCUGACAGCUCAGCAAAGAAGCGUGAGAUUUGCUCUCAAAAUGCAAAGAAAAGGGUACGAGACGGUGCAGGAAGAUUUUUGAAGAAAUCAGAACAGAUUCAGAAGAACACGAAACGUUCCCCCAAGAAAACGAAGUCUCCCUUGCUAUCCGGCCGUCGAAUGCUUACCAACAAAGCGACUAACGUGGCAAGAAACUCCGAUGUCGACCGGUCGAUUGACAGGUUCAGAGACAAAGUUCGCAGGCUCAACCAGCUGAGUGAGGCGGACGGAGUAAUAACUUCCACCUCGACAAGGACACGCGAGACUGUAAACGAUGCUACAGCUUACACGCUAAGAUCCUCUGGCGUGCAAGAUGCUCUCACAAGUCUGCCUGAACCCUCCAUCCGACCUCGCUCGCGUAACCGGAAUGGACAAAGAAGCCCAAGCCCACAUGAGGCAGAGGAUAGGGCGAUGGAAUUCGAUGUGGAUGAGCCCAGUUCUCUCCGACGAGGACAAGCAGAACAGAGGAGAAACCAAUACACAUCGUCAACUUUUGCUAGGCAGCCAUCUCGACAGACAAAUGCUGAGGAUCAUGGGAGGGAAGAAGCGGAUUCUUUGCGUCAGUCUAACGUCCCAGUGGAUCAAGAGCCUGAGGCAUCGCCUGGACAAUCAUCCCUACAUUUUGCAAGAGAAAGUGCAAAUCUCUGUGAAGGCGAGGCACAAGCAGUGUCUGCGGAUGGUGAAGGGAUGGCAAGGAGCUUCUCUUCCCUCCGAGAGGAGGCUGUGAGGACAAGAAAUCGCAGGCUUGCUGCUGGUUCAGAACAAAGAAGUGCAGCAGGAGGCCAGCCUUCUAUCGCUACUGGCAGGCCGCGUGCUAACCAUCCAGCAAGCAGAGCAGAGCACGGUCCACAAGCUGAAGGCUCCUCGGUUACAUUUGGAGCUGCAGCUUCUGCUUCUGCACCAGCAGAUUCUUCGGAUCGUUUCACCGGACCAGCAAUGCCGGAGGAGGGAAGGUUUGCGAGGAAUGGGUUUCCCUCUGCCUCCUCGGCUUCCGACUCUAGGGCUGGAGGGGACCCCAGCAGCGAAGAGUGGAAAGAAAUCAUGCUCAAUACCAGCGUUGCUUUGCGAAAUUGGACGAGCAGCCUCAACCACGCCAUGGAAAUGCGACGCCAGUGA